UCAUUUCGAAGGCUCGUCUAAGACCUCUAAUUCUCAAGAUUACUUAUGUCUUACCAUUUAUUCAUAUCAUUUCUAUUAGGUGGACUCUAAUACAGAUAGUGUAAAACUACUCUGAAGAAAAUAUAUGUUGGGCUUUAAUCAAUUUAUGGCGGUGAGCCCCAUCUACAACCGAGAGGAAUAUAUCCCAUUUGGGCCUCUGUCCAGGUUCAUUUGACCGGACCUGCCCUCACUACAUGACAAAAUACAUUACGUCACUGCGGAUGGUAUGCGCGCGCGUAUACCGUUACCAUCACAAACGUUAUUCACACAUAAUGGCAUUACUGCAAUUAAAUCAAAUGUUAAGCCCUUUUAGUUAAGAUUGGCAUCCGGCUAUAUAUAUGUAUAUACGCGGAGGCCCGAUCCCUUUCCCAAAUCAUCGCAAGAGAAAAAUCGAGCUCUGAACAACUUGAUUUGUUGAAAGAAAGCGAAGAAGAAGAAAAUGGCGGAGGAAAAAGUGAUCGCCUGCCACUCUGUCGCCGCCUGGACCGAGCACCUCGAGAAGAGCCACGUCGACAAGAAACUGGUUGUGGUCGACUUCACGGCUAUAUGGUGUGGACCUUGCCGGUUCAUUGCACCCAUCUUCGCGGAGUUGGCUAGGAAGAACCCGGAAGUGACAUUCCUAAAGGUGGACGUGGAUGAGCUGAAGACUGUUACCGAGGAGUGGGGCGUGGAGGCAAUGCCGACCUUCUUGAUCCUCAAGGAAGGCAAGGUAGUUGACAAGGUUGUGGGUGCUAAGAAAGAAGAGUUACAGCUCAAAGUUGUGAAGCAUGCCACUCCAGCUGAUGUCGCAACUGCUUCUGCCUAACUUUCGGACUCUCUUUCGAGAAUAUGAACCUCCUACUGUGCUUUACUAGUUGUUUAUAACUUAUAUGGGUUUCUGAAGACAUGAAUGUUUUAUAUCUAUGACUAUAUGAUGCCUCAUGGCUGCUAUCUAUGAAUGCUUUUAUUUCAAUUGAAUUGAGAUUUCAUUUCGCGACGAA